AUGCUGCUGUUCCUGCUGUCCCAGUACCUCGACCACCAAUACGACGUUGUUUCUUUUGCGGUGGUAAGCAAAAGUUCCAUCAGCCUCCUUGGAUAUACUGUCAGGGACAACGUAAUUGAACCAGAUAAAGACCGACUGGAGCCUCUAAUAAAACUACCGUUACCGCGCAAUACUGCAGAAUUGAAGAGAGCUCUAGGGCUAUUUGCUCACUACGCUAAAUGGGUUCAUAAGUUUUCGGAAAAGAUUCAACCUUUGAUUAACAAUUCCAACUUCCCUUUAGACGCAAAUGCGCAGCGUAGUUUUCAACUUCUUAAAUCUGAUAUUAAAAAGGCAGCAUUGGUUGCUAUUGACGAUAAAGAAACCUUGACGGUGGAGACUGAUGCAUCAGAUUAUGCUCUAGCCGCGACAUUAUCACAAAAUGGUCGACCAGUUGCGUUCUUCUCGAGAACUUUGUCGGACAGCGAGCGCAAACAUGCUUCCGUCGAAAAGGAAGCCUGUGCUAUCGUCGAAUGCCUUAGAAAAUGGCGCCACUACCUUAUUCACAGACAUUUUAUCCUUAUCACUGAUCAGAAAUCCGUAAGCUACAUUUUCGACCAAAAUCAUACUAGCAAAAUCAAAAACGACAAGAUUGAAAGAUGGAGGCUCGAACUGUCAUGCUAUAAGUAUGAUAUUAUUUACAGACCAGGGGCUCAGAAUACUGCUGCUGACGCUCUUUCAAGAGUUUGCGCAUUUAUGAACAAUAAUAAGCUGUACGAAUUGCACGAUGCGCUUUCUCACCCUGGGAUUACUAGAAUGUAUCACUGGAUCAAGCUAAAGAACCUACCAUACAACUUAGACGAUGUCAAAAAGAUGACUGUUUCAUGUCGCGUAUGUGCAGAAAUCAAACCACGCUUUGCCAAAGCAAAUGGCACUCUGAUUAAAGCUUUAUCGCCCUUCGAACGAUUGAAUGUAGAUUUUAAAGGACCUUUGCCUUCGAACACGAACAACAAAUAUAUUCUUACAAUAAUUGAUGAAUUCUCACGCUAUCCUUUCGCAUACCCAUGUCCUGACACAUCUUCGGCAACUGUCAUCAAGUGCUUCAAAGAACUUUUCUUCGAAUAUGGCCAGCCCUUAUACAUACAUAGCGACAGAGGAUCCUGCUUCAUGUCGGAAGAAAUACAAAAUUUCCUCAAGAAAUGUAACAUUGCCACUUCUCGCACUACUCCCUACAACCCUCAGGGUAACGGGCAAGUGGAAAAGCUUAACGGCACCCUCUGGCGAACUAUACAGCUGUCCCUAAAAUCGAAGAACCUGCCCAUCGAAAACUGGGAACAAGUCUUGAAACUUUCUCUCCACUGCGUACGAUCACUCCUUUGCACUUCGAUAAAUGCCACUCCACACGAGAAGCUAUUCAAUUUCCCUCGGAGAACACCGGUCGGUGAGUCGCUUCCGUCAUGGCUCGUUCCGGGACCUGUCUUACUUAAGAAAUUUGUUCGAUCGAAAACAGACCCCUACGUCGAAGAAGUCGAGUUACUACACAGUAAUCCGAACUACUCAUAUGUACGACGACGUAAUGGCCAGGAGUCUACCGUAUCUAACAGACACUUAGCGCCUCUUCCCUUAUCCGAUGAUGAAGGCUCUAUACCCGACGGAAUGGCUCCUGAUGGAGGAUCGGAUGUUCCCACAUUGGACGAAGAACAAGAAAACCCUGUUGAUGUAGGUACACUUAAUAAUGAUCAAGAGAUCUACAGUACUCCACCACAAGAAGCUCCGCCUUCACGGAUCUUCCGUAGAUCUACGAGGUCUAAGAAAAUGCCUCAACAUCUUAACGACUACAUCCUGGACCCAAACGAAGAAAUCAUAGAGGGGGAGAAUGACAUAUAA